GUGAUCAGCCUUACUGUCUCAGGUCACAUCCCGCCUCUUUGCAAAGACGCGUGGGCAGCUAGGUAUACUAACUUCCUUUCUCGAAUUGCCCAGCACUCGUCUUCGCAGCCUCGCCGUGAACCUGGUGCAGGCCCCGAUUCUCGCAAGAACACACACACCUCUACACUAUUCAUCCCAUCCCAUCCCAUUCCAUUCCAUACCAUACCAUACCAUACCAUACCAUACCAUACCAUACCAUACCAUUCCGCCCGUCUCCCACAAUGCGCCACCACGCCUUCCUUCUCUCCACCCUCGCGGCAUCCGCGACCGCCCAACGCUGCGACUCUCCUUCCCCCGACAUUGAGUGCAGCGCCGUCCCAGAAAUCGCCGCCUACCGCACCACCUCCUGCACCCCUACGCACAUCUUCCUCACUCGCGGUACCGACGAACCGUACCCAGGCCGCCUCGGCAACAUCACGUCGCUGGUCUGCACUGCGCUCGGCGGCGACUCGCAGUGCGGCUACGAAGACGUCUCGUACCCCGCUGCCAACCGGUACAUCUCAGCCACGUCGUGGUGCGAGAGCGCGGCGACGGGUGUGCGGAAUGGGCAGACGCAGCUGAAAGAGUACGUUGCAAGGUGUCCGGCGAGCAAGGUCGUGUUGAUGGGUUUUUCGCAGGGGGCAACGGUGACGCAGGAUUUGCUUGGGGGAGGCGGGGGGCCGUUGUUCGAUUUGUGCACGCAGGAGGCCAACAAAGGUCUUGAUCGAGGCCAGGCGCCGGGUACGAAGGCGGUGGUCACGUUCGGCACCGUUAGAAGGUCCCCGAGUGAGCCCUACUCGGUGGGCGCGGGCAAGGACUUCCAGCCUGAGGCACUGCGCGACGGAGAGCUGAAGGUGGGCAUUGAUCAGUAUGCGGGCGUGCUGAGGGAUUACUGCAACGAGGGGGACCAGUAUUGCGCCAAGUCGAGCAGUCCUCUGGCGUUGGAGAAUCACCUGAAGUACUUUGUGCAGUACCAGCAGGAUGUGGUGGACUGGGUGGUAAAGACUGUGAAAGGGUCGAAGAUCUGA